CACAUCUAGAUCCAAGCGAUUUCGAUGGAUCUCCGUGGAUUAUUGUUCUUAUUCUUCGCUAUAUUCUCCGUCCUGCUUCAAUCCUCCACUUCCCAGAUUAGUUCUUCUAGCGUCUUCAACAAUCCUUCCAAAGUCAAGCAGGUUUCAUCGAAACCCAGGGCGUUUGUGUAUGAAGGGUUUCUCACGGAAUUGGAAUGUGAUCAUAUGGUUUCUCUUGCAAAAGCGAGCUUGAAGAGAUCUGCUGUUGCUGAUAAUGAUAGUGGAGAGAGCAAAUUCAGCGAGGUUCGAACCAGCUCUGGCACGUUUAUCUCCAAAGGAAAGGAUCCCAUUGUUUCUGGUAUAGAAGACAAGAUUUCCACUUGGACAUUUCUUCCAAAAGAAAACGGGGAAGACAUUCAGGUAUUGAGAUACGAGCACGGACAAAAAUACGAUGCUCACUUUGACUACUUUCAUGACAAAGUCAACAUUGUCCGUGGUGGACACCGCAUAGCAACAGUUCUUAUGUAUCUAUCCAAUGUGACUAAAGGUGGAGAAACCGUAUUCCCUGAUGCAGAGGUACCUUCUCGCCGAGUACUCUCUGAAAACAAAGAAGAUCUUUCUGAUUGUGCUAAGAGAGGAAUCGCCGUGAAACCAAGGAAAGGGGAUGCUUUGUUGUUCUUCAACCUCCACCCAGACGCAAUCCCAGACCCAUUGAGCCUUCACGGUGGAUGUCCCGUGAUCGAAGGAGAGAAAUGGUCGGCAACCAAGUGGAUCCACGUGGACUCAUUCGAUAAGAUUGUGACACCAAGUGGAAACUGCACGAAUAUGCACGAGAGCUGUGAGAGAUGGGCAGUUCUUGGGGAAUGCACAAAGAAUCCAGAGUACAUGGUUGGAACUACAGAGCUUCCUGGCUAUUGCAGGCAUAGCUGUAAGGCUUGUUAGACUUGAUUUUACCUCUUCUUCUUCUUGUUCUGUGCCAUAAAACUCUCAAAGUUUUCUGUUUUUCGGAGUUUCUUUUGUUGUUGUUUCUUGUAGAGUUGUUGUCGUUAAUGAAAUUUGUUCUAAGGG